AGAAGAAGAUGUGAGCUUGUGAAAGCCAAAAAAAAGAAAAGAAAAGAAAAGAAGAUCACAUCUCUCUGUCUCUCUGUUUCAUUAAUGGCCGAGAAAAUCAAUGAGAUCGCCGGAAAGAUGACUCCUUUCUGCCGGAAAAUAGUUCACGUGAACAUAAAAUGGAGAGUCAUCGAGAAGGUAUCAGUCUUCGGAGAUUUUUUUAGGUUUCUUUGGAGAAAAGUCGUUUCUUGUUCAAGUAUCAUCGAAAAACCUAUUUUUUACCGUCGAAUCGUUCACCGGAUUUCUUCCACCUCCGACGAAACGACGACCGAACCUACUGUUUCUUCCGGUAGAAGGUUUGGUUCAAGUUCGGAUUCAAAUUUGGUUAGUCUCAAGAUCAGCUUAUUAGGCGAUUGUCAAACAGGGAAAACUUCUUUUGUAAUAAAGUAUGUUGGAGAUGAGAAUCAAGGGUUCUUGGAGAUGACGGGUUUGAAUUUGAUGGACAAAACGUUUUAUGUUCAAGGAGUUACAAUUUCGUUUAGCAUUUGGGAUGUAGGAGGUGAUGAAAGGAGGUCAAAAGAUCAUAUACCAAUAGCUUGUAAAGACGCAGUAGCAAUCUUGUUCAUGUUUGAUCUAACCAGUCGAUCCACUCUUAACAGUGUCUUCGGGUGGUAUAGCCAAGCAAGAAAGUGGAACACGACAGCCAUUCCAAUUCUAAUAGGAACAAAAUUUGAUGAUUUCGUUCGUCUCCCACCUAAUCUUCAGUGGACCAUUGUCACUCAGGCAAGAGCAUACGCGAAGGUGAUGAAGGCAUCAUUGUUCUUUUCAAGUGCUACACACAACAUAAAUGUGAACAAGAUCUUCAAAUUCAUUUUGGCUAAACUUUUUAAUUUGCCUUGGAAGAUCGACAGAAAUUUAACCUUAGGUGAACCCAUUAUCGACUAUGAUUCCUAAAUUAGUCUAGCUACUACCAUUUGUUUCUUUCUUUUUUAAAUUAUUGACCACUUUUGUACAUAAAUUAUUAAAAAUUAGUUGAACGUAAAUCGUCUAUACAAAGGUAUAGUUGAAAAAUAGUGUUAAUUUUAA